AGCAGCCAAAACAACUAGGUCAACUGAAUGUUCUUUGCCUCUCACUCGACUAUAAAAGCCCAAGAUGGAAGGACUAAAACCAUCAGUUGCUUAUCAACUUAUCCUAGUACAACAUGAAGCUCUUCAUCGUCGCCGCUUUCUUGGCCGUCGCUGCCGCUGUUCCUUCCAGCUACAAGCCGGAAUACAAGGCACCCAGCUACCCAGCUCCAAGCUACCCAGCACCAAAAUACCCCGCACCAGCCUACCCCGCACCUGCCUACUCCGCACCAGCCUACCCCGCACCUGCCUACUCCGCACCAGCCUACCCCGCACCAGCCUACUCUGCACCAGCCUACAAGGAUAACAAGUACGCUGAUAUCACCAUCACCAGCCAAUCUGACGAGCGCAAUCUCGAUGGCAGCAGCCAAUGGAGCUACGCCCAGUCUGACUACACCACUCGCGAAGAGUCUCAGGUCCAGAAGAAGAUGCAAGGAGUCGCUUAUGAUUCUUACGGAAAGGCCACCUACGAAGAUGUUAUGGGAAACACCAACAAGGGAUCUUCUUACUGGAUUUCCCCUGAAGGCCAAAAAUUCACUUUGACCUGGGUUGCCGAUGAAGCCGGUUUCCAGCCCAAGGGUGAUCACUUGCCCGUUGCUCCCGUUCACGUCUACGAGCUCCCCGUUGCCCCCGUCCACAUCCCUUUCAACGGCAAAGGCUACAAAAUUUAUUAAAUUAUUAAAAUCCUGACUGAACACAUUAUUUAAAAUCAUGUA